AUGAGACAGGAAACCCUGUGUACUCCUAAGAAAAGCUACACGGAAGGCUACUCUAGAGACGGGGCCCAUAUUAUUGGUGGUCUUUUAUCCCAGAAUAUUUUAAGCGGUGAACAAGAACAAUUCCGAAGUGCUCCACAGCCUUUCUCCUCUGCAAUAGUCAGUCAGUAAGUAUUUAACACUGUUUCAGGAAACCAGAAUGUAUCAUCUGAAUUUAUCAGUCUCUGUGUAGCCAGACUCAGGUCUAUGAUGUUAUCGCAGAUGAGAUCAGAAGUGGUUUCUCGAGCAAUCAGUACAUACAAGUGAAUGAAUGAAGUCAAGGCCUAAGUGCAUAGGAUAUAUUUCUGUCAUGUAGGUGUGAAAGAAUUGAAAAACUUCACAAAAGCAAGUCUAUCAGUAGAAUGAACAAUUUUAUGUGGCUUCACAACACUGCAAUGUAGACACAGUGUGAAAUAUCACAUAAAUAUAUUCUAAAAUGUCUAUGUUGGCUGAGUAUGUCUUUCAAAUGCUAACGGAACCACAGCAAUAAAAUACAAAGUUAUUGUUGCUCAAAUCUUUGAAAUCCAGAAGGUGAAGAUUGUUCACAACAGACAUAUUUCAGAAAGCAUGCCAUACGUGUUUCAACCUAUAAAGUCUUCUUCAGUGGCAUAUAGUUGAAAGACAUCUCUUUAUGUGAGUGGUCACAGAGCCAAUACACAAAUCCCUAAUAUUUCAAAUUUACUAAAAUACAGGGUGAGUCUUUUAAAGAGGCCCUGUGGAACAUGUGUACUCUGUAUCCACAGAGCCUCUUUUAAAGGACUCACCCUGUAUAUUAUGCUGCUAGAGAUUCAGUGUCUGUUUGUUUUUAAUGGUCUAAAGUUUUCUGCAAGCAGCAAUGCCCAGCUUCUGUAGAGAAUAUUUCUUCCAGGAUAUUUACCGUACUUUUUUUACAAUUUACUUUUUAAAACAAGAAUUGCUGUCUUGUAUAGUUUGCCCUCAGUGUAUAAUCUCUCUCUCUCUCUCUCUCUCUCUCUCUCUCUCUCUCUCUCUCUUUCUCUCUUUCUCUCUCUACCAAAAGGAGAAAUCUUUUACUGCUGUUUCUCUCUCACACCUAUGCACAUCUGCUCAUCCCUGCCCUCUUCCCUUACCUAGAGGGGUGUCAUCCUCCUUCAAGUACUGAUCAGCAUUUCAUUUGAAAAGGGCAGAGAGAUCCCCAACUAUCAAGAGAUCAUCCCCAUACCAUUAGCUCCCAUUCACAAAACAUCUGCCUGCCAGCCUGUGCUAUUAACCUGCUGUGGGAUGGGUGGCGCUGUGGUCUAAACCACUGAGCCUCUUGGGCUUGCUGAUCAGAAGGUCGGCAGUUCAAAUCCGCGCAAGGGGGUGAGCUCCUGUUCGUCUGUCCCAGCUCCUGCCAACCUAGCAAUUUGAAAGCAUACCAGUGCAAGUUAAUAAAUAGAUACUGCUGUGACAGGAAAGUAAACGGCGUUUCUGUGCGCUCUGGUUUCUGUGGUUUAGUCAUGCUGGCCACAUGACCCGGAAAGCUGUCUGUGGACAAACGCUGGCUCCCUUGGCCUGAAAGUGAGAUGAGUGCCGCAACCCCACAGUCGCCUUUGACUGGGAUCCUUUACCUUUUUAAAUAUUAACCUGCAAUCUUGCUAACAAAGGAACAGUUACUCAGAAGUCUUAACACCUGUAAAGAUGCUGUUCUUGUUUCUUUGGUACAGUAUCUACCCAUCUAUCUAUGCAUACAUACUGUAUGAAAUUAGGGGGCUUGGGGGUGCGUUAUCCCUGAGGCGUAGCAAAAUCAUCUCAAUGCCCUUCUGAGUACCAUUUGUCUGUCUAGCACAUUUUUAACCGAAUAUUUCCAGGGCAGUUCACAAUAGGUUCACUGUCCCAAUGCAGAAAACUCAAGAAGAACUACCAGCACACCCUGGCCUUUGUGUUUGCAGUGGAAGAGUUCAACAAGGACUCUCAUCUCUUUCCCAAUGUCUCCUUGGGAUUUCAGCUCUAUGAAGAUAGUCACGACAUGAGAAAGAACCAUGAGGCCACCGUUAGCAUUUUAUCUGAGAGGAACUGGACUCUUUCCGUGCUCCCCCUGCCUCCCAGCGCAUAUGAUCUUUAUUACUCCUAUGGGAGGCCAUCUUAUGAUAGCCUGGUCAGCAAAAGUCCAAAGGAUAAAACCAUCCCCAACUAUCAUUGCCAUGGGCAGAGCAAGCUGGCAGCCGUCAUUGGGGCUCUGACAUCCGAGUCUACCACUGAGAUGAGCAACAUGUUGCAGAGGUCCAAGGUACCUCAGGUGAGUUUGGCUCUGUGCUCUGUUGCUGUAACUGACACCUUCUCUGACUUCAAAAUAUUGGAGCAACCAAAUAGGAGUGUGACCAAAUGA